AUGGCCUCUUCCACCUUCCUUUUUGUGCUCCUCUUCACCACAGUGCUGUGCUGUGCGUCUGGUUUUGAGUUCCAGGUAGGAGGAUCAGCAGGAUGGGUAGUCCCACCUGCCAAUCAGACCAACAUGUACCAUGAAUGGGCUUCACACAAUAGGUUCCAAGUUGGUGAUUCCAUACGGUUUAAGUACAAGAAAGACUCGGUGAUGGAGGUGGAGGAAGAAGGCUACAAGAACUGCAAUUCCAGUCACCCAAACAUGUUCUCCAACAACGGAAACACAAUGUUCAGGUUCGACCAUGCGGGCUCUUUCUACUUCAUCAGUGGCGCGGCUGGGCAUUGCCAGAAAGGACAGAAGAUGAUCGUGAGGGUGCUCACCCAGGAGGACUCACUUCCUGAUCAUCACCAUCAUAACUCUUCUUCUGCUUUUCGUCAUCCAGCUUCGCCGCUCGUCCCCAAGAUCGUCUUCUUUGUUUCCGCCUUUGUGGCUUCUUACGUUAUUUGA